AUGUCAAGAGACAAUAAUUUCGGAGAGGAAGAGAAGGAUAUUGACCGUUUAAUGCUUCAAGCCUUAAGAACAAUGGAAGAGGAAAAUGAAGAAAGCAAAGACAACGAAGAUAAUGGCAAGGAAAGCAACUACAAAGGCGGAGCUAAACUAAUAGAUGAUGCUCUCAAGGGUAAAAUUGACCCAAAUUCUGACGUGGUUAAUCUUCUAGAGAGUAUGUUUGUGGAUGAGGGAAACAGACACCAUCAACACCCUGAUGGGAUUGGAAAGAUAGCUCGCAGGAAAGGGAAAGUCUUUGGUGACACCCAUGACAACCAUAAACUAACAAAGCAACAACUCAACGAGUUAAAAGGCAAAGGUGGUGGAAGAAGAAGGAGAAAUUUCUUAAAAACGGCUCCACUUUGGCCCGAUAAUAUUAUUCCAUACACAAUCGACGGCAGUUUAUCCGGAGUUCAAAGUAAUUUGGACGUUAUUAAUGCAGCAAUUCAACAGUUUACAGAUUACACGUGUCUGAAAUGGGUUCCCACAGGCUCAACAGAGGCGCAGUCACUUUCACAUAAGUCCUACAUCGAGUUCUUCUCUGAAAGCACGUGCUUUUUUUUUCCCCAAAAAGAUUUUUUUGACAAAAAAUCUUUAGAGUACCCUGGAUGUGUUACACUUUCUACAACAAUCCAUGAGAUGACGCAUGCUAUAGGCCAAAUGCAUGAACAGUCCCGAAGUGACCGUGAUAAUCAUGUCACCAUGUUAUGGGCGAAUACACAAGGUGGAACAGGCAACUAUAACAUGGCAAAGAGCUCUACCCAUGACAGAAACCCGUAUGACUACGAGUCUGUGCUUCAGUAUAGUUUAACGGCAUUCUCCACUAAUGGCCAACCGACGAUGGAGUUUCAUGACCGCACAUUGGAUUUCUUAGCUGAUUCUGCAACUGGCCUUAUGUUUACGAAUUACGACAUCCAGGACAUUACUGAUGCAUAUGAUUGCACUAAAACGUGCACACAACCCCUGAAGGCGUGUCAGAACGGAGGAUUUGUCAUACAUACCUGUGAUUGUCAUUGUCCUAGAGGGCUAACUGGAACACUGUGUGAAACACCUGUAACUGAUCCAGCUUGUGGUGGGACAAUUACCCUUGCAGAAGGAGAAACAGAGACAUUGACAACGAUUAAUUUCAACAAUGGAGGCCCAUAUCCCACGGGCAGAGACUGUGUCUGGGUAGUGAAGGGUCCGGCUGGAAAAAAUGUCCAAAUGACCAUAAAGGAGAUGGAUUUAACAACGCAAAAUGGAGCGUGUAGCCACUGGUUAGAGAUACAGUAUAACCUGCUAGGACAGACAGGACCAAGACGCUGUGGAACAGUAGCUAAUGAGGUUUAUGUAAAGUCCGACAAUGGCGACCCAACAACAAUGUUACUGAAAUUUGACAGUACUUUCGCUUCUUCUGCAUCAGCUGGCAAAGGAUUUUCUCUGGAAGUGACAAGCGUUAGUCUGCCCUGCAAAACACAACCUUGUAAGCAUGGGACGUGUCAUGCAGUCGGUGACACUUAUUCCUGCACCUGUGAUCCCAAUUACACUGGACAAAAUUGUGAUACCCUAACUGAUUAUGGAACCAUUUCCUGUGGAUUUGAAGCUGGCGAGACCUGUUACUUUGAAAAUCCAACAUCGUUUUCCUUUUACUGGACAACAAGAACGGGUAGCACGCCAUCUAGUAGCACAGGUCCAUCGGCAGCUAAGACUGGAACAUAUUAUUUGUAUGCAGAGACUUCCAGUCCUGUAACAACUGGAACUCAAUUUCAUUAUGAAACGCCUUUAGUCUCAGCAACCCCAAGGUGCUUGUCUUUCUGGUAUCACAUGUAUGGCGCUAGUAUGGGAACACUGAACGUUCUACGAAAUGGAGUCAAGGUCUGGACCAUGUCAGGGGAUCAAGGGGAUCAGUGGAAGGAAGCGGAAGUUGAUAUAAUUAACGAUAGUGCCAGUUACACUGUCACAUUUGAAGCAAUACGAGGGAAUUCGUGGCAAAGUGACAUCGCCAUAGAUGAUGUUUUAUUAACCCCAACACCUUGUGGUCAAUCAUCAACUGCACAGCCAACUACACAAGCACCUACUACGCAGGCGCCAACUACACAGGCGCCAAGUGAGUCGGAUCUGCACUGUACUUUCGAGGAUGAUACUUGCUUCUUGCAGAAUACAGAUGGAGAUUCUUUCGACUGGACCACUAGAUCAGGGAGUACACCCUCAACUAGCACAGGUCCUUCAUCUGCUUAUGAGGGAAAUAUGUAUUCUUACAUAGAGGCAACAGGUGAAUCAAGCGGUGCAGAGGCCAAGCUUCAAAGUUCAGCAAUUGAUACAAGCCAGAUUUUCUGUCUGUCUUUCGCUUACCAUAUGUAUGGCACAAAUAUCGGCACCCUAAGUGUGGGCAUUAUAUCCGGUGGUAACACCCAGACUCUGUUCAGUGAAAGUGGGAAUCAAGGAAACUUGUGGAAUCAAGCCUAUGUUCCAGUUUCACCUACAAGUGGCAUUAUUGAAUUUACUGCCGUCCGUGGAGGAGGUUUCCGUAGUGACAUAGCAAUUGAUGACGUUCACUUUCAGGCAGGUGACUGUGUAAUUCCUUCCACGACCACUCCCGCUCCAGUAUCUCCGCCCCUCAGUUGCACUUUUGAGCCUGGAGAAUCCUGUUUUCUGACACAGUCACCACAGGACGAUUUUGAUUGGACGAGUGAUAGUGAUGGAACACCCUCUUCAUCAACUGGACCUAGCGCGGCAUUUGAAGGUACUACAUAUGCCUACACUGAAGCUACUGGGUUUACAUCCGGACAAAGAGCUGUCCUAGAAAGUUCAUCAAUUAUAACAGCCGAUUCAAUGUGUCUGUCCUUUGCCUAUAACAUGUACGGCAGUAGUAUGGGGUAUCUGGAUGUCAUUUACGAUAACACCACGGUUUUUGCCGAGUUCGGAGACAAGGGACAAGACUGGCUGCAGGCGAAAGUGACUCUUCCCCCUCCCACCACCUCUGAACCAAAUAUACAGUUUAUUGGAACAAGAGGGUCAUCCUAUAGAAGUGAUAUGGCUAUUGACAACAUCCAGGUCGUCACAGGAGAGUGUGAUUUAGAUUGUUCUGUAAAUCCUUGUGAUUCCCCUAAUAAUGUGUGUGUUGAUGAUGCUGCUACAGGUUACAUAUGUAUAUGUGCACCAGGCUUCAGCGGACAAUUCUGUGAACAUGUCAUAGGUACAGUAGAAUGUACAUUUGAACUUGGUGGAGUAUGUUUUAUGGACAACAUACAGUCUGGCGAUGAUUUUGAUUGGACCUUCAUUUCUGGAAGUACCCCAAGUAGUGGUACGGGACCGAGUGCUGCAUUAGAUGGGUUUUUUAUCUACACUGAAGCUACUGGAAAUUCUGUGGGCGAUACUGCCAUUCUUACAUCUGAGCAAAAUUCCAUUCCCGAUGUUGGCCCCCGAUGUCUUCGAUUCUCCUACAACAUGCAUAGUUCCAAUUCCGGUAUGGGCACCCUGCGCGUGUUGGCUGGAGACCGAGGCUCGGAGUCCGAGAUCUGGAGUCUGUCCGGAAAUCAAGGAGAUGUGUGGACUACAGUAGAGGUGGAAAUCCCGGCGGAAAAUGACCUUGUGGUCAAAUUUGAGGGUGUUCGAGGAAGUAGUUAUCGGAGUGAUAUAGCAAUCGACAGU